AUGAUCCGGUUCACCAUGUUCACGUCUGCUUCGUGCGUUCUCGCCAUCCUGUGGUUUGUCCAGGUACAGACCAUCCGCUCGACCCACUGGGUGAGGAGUUUAUCUCCCUGGUGGCCACAGCCUUGGACUCCAGCUUCCGACGGGUGGAGGGGGGAAGUGCCCUCCCUGUUGUUGAGGCCUUUAUGGAGAUUAGCCGCCUCAAAGAGGAUUUGGCACCAGUGGAUAGAACAAGUACCCAAGGUGCCCGUCCGAGAAGAAGGGCUGGGCCUGCCCAAGGAUCUAACGGAACCAUCCCUCGCGAAAGAGGAAGCGAGACUCCCAGCACUCGUACUCCAAGCACCCAGUUCAGCGGUCGCGAGAGAGGAUCCGGAAGAAGCCCUUGUGAAAGGUGAAGCAGCACCCAAAGCGGUCGCAAGAGAGGAAGUACAGAACCAGGGGAAGAAGGCAUCCAAAAAGCACAAGCUACAGGAUUGGAGUCGACAGUCCCUGGCCAUGCUCCAGGAGAUGGGUUGGAGCCGCCCCAAGCACUGA